AUGACGGUACCUGAGACCAUCUUGGACAAAACCAACACCUCUGCCGAUCGCCCUCCACCAAACGAAGACCGUCGCGGCUCAUGGGACAAUGUCGCGACCCAGUUCGCAGACCAGGUUGAGAAACUCUCCCACCAACAUCCCGCAGAUGGCGACGUCGGUGGCAUCGCGGUUGAGGCCCGCUUCGUCACGCCUCAGGACCCGGUGCUGGUGACGUCUGAUGGCAACCGCCUCCCCCCAGUGCCGCUGGAGGAGGCCCAUAAGUUGAACCUGUUGAGGGAAGAACUGGAACACCACACCCCAACUCCCCCGGCAGCCGUUGCGAAAAACGAGGAGAUCCGCGAGGCCGAGCAGUCGACGACGGAUCGCAUUGUUAGCGCGGUGGCCGAGAAGACCAAACAUGUCCGAGGGAAAUCAUCCAACGGAAGCCUAAGAAGGGCUAUGCCACCAACACAUACGAACCCCCUAUUCCCGCCAUUACCGCUCUACGGCCCCCCGAGUUUGCUCCGGAAUAUCCAGUGCCGGGUAUUUCAAAUAUCGUCCUUCUUUCUCAGCCUCGCCUUUCUCGGCGUCAUUGUGUUAGGCGCGCUCUUCACCAGCAUAGUUCCUUGGAUACGGCGGAUAUGGAAGCGCGUAACGUUCCGGGACCCAGAUGCUGGCCGACCAUUUUACGAAGAGGAAAUCAAGGAGAAGAAAAGGAGAAAGCAGGAAGAGAAGGAGUGGAUGCGCCGGUCAUCCCCGCCAGGGUCUCGCGCAUCAGAGGAGGGCAUUGGGGCUACUGACGACCGGAGUUUCCCCCCUACGGAAGGCGGCCGUGAUCCGGUGAUCUGCGAUCCCGCCUACUAUGCCCGUCGUGUCGGCCUCGACAUCGAGACUUUCCAUGUCCAGACCGAAGAUGGGUUUAUCAUCGAACUCUGGCACGUCUUCGACCCAACUGAGUACCACCCUUUGUCUCCGGAAGAACGCGCCCAUGACGGCCCCGGAACGUUUCCUGAGCGCAAACCCGAGUCUGCCCACGCUGCAGGUGCCAACGCCAAUGCCAACGCCAAUGCCAGUGCCAGUGCCAGUGCCACCGCGAGCAAUGAACAGCCUGGCACCCGCAAACCUAACUUCCCGGUGCUCCUUAUGCACGGCCUCCUCCAAUCCUCGGGCGCCUACUGCGUCAACGACGACGCCUCGUUAGCCUUCUACCUCGCCAAGUCCGGCUUCGACGUCUGGCUCGGCAACAACCGCUGCGGCUUCCACCCCAAACAUACCCUGCUCAACUACUCAGACCCGCGCAUGUGGUGCUGGAACAUCCGCCAGAUGGGCGUCUUCGACCUCCCCGCGCUGACCUCACGCGUGCUCUACCAAACCGGCUUCGCCAAACUCGGCCUGAUCUGCCAUUCCCAAGGCACCACCCAGGCGCUUGUCGCACUGGCCAAAGAACAGCGUCCCGACUUGGGCGAAAAGCUAACUGUCUUCUGCGGCCUCGCACCCGCCGCGUAUGCGGGGCCCCUGAUCGGCAAGAUGUACUUCAAGUUCAUGCGCGUCAUCACCCCGGGCAUGUUCCGCCUCAUGUUUGGCGUCCACGCCUUCAUCCCCUUCAUGAUGACCAUGCACCGCGUGCUCAACCCGCGCAUCUACGGUUGGCUCGGCUACAAGGUCUUCUCCUUCCUCUUCAACUGGACCGACCAGCGCUGGGACCGCAGCCUCCGCGACCGCAUGUUCCAGUUCGCGCCCGUUUACGUCAGCUCCGAGUCGAUGCGUUGGUGGCUGGGGCGCGAGUGCUUCGCGCGACACAAGUGCAUCCUCGCCACGCGCGAGGAGUGGCGCGAGGAAGAACGUGAAGACCGCGAGCUGGAACAGCAUCGCUCCGUGCUUGCCCAGGCCGAUCGGGAUAUGGUUGGCGCGGACGCCGUCGAGCAAUCGGAACGCGUCGCUGAGGCUAACAAGAGGAAACCCAAGGGUUCGACGGCUUGGUAUAACCACCAGGCGCCGCCCUUUGCAAUGUGGGUUUGUGGUAACGACGACCUUGUUGAUGGCGACAAGCUGCUGCGGCGGUUUGAGCGCGGUCGGGAGCCGCAUGUGCAGCUCGUCCAUGCCAAGGUCAUACCCGAGUAUGAGCACCUGGAUGUCAUUUGGGCCAUGGAUGCGCCUGAACAGGUGUUUUGUGAGAUCAGAGAAGUGUUGUGGAAGACGUGUGAUGUGCGGGAUCUCUGUCGCGUGCCGAAGGGGUGUGAGGAUGUCGAGCCGUGGGUGCCGCUAGAAGGCGGGACUAGGGAGGAGGAUGGCCUGCAGUCAAGCAGCAGCGAGGAGUUGUCUGUGUGA